AUGGAUCUACACCCUCCUACAACUUCUAGGGCUUCGGUAGUAUCCCUUGUUAUGUCUAGUAGCAGAUGGCCUAAGCGUCGCAAAGUGGCAGAGUCCUGCAAAGUGUGUAGGGCCAAGAAGACUCGCUGUGAUGGCCAGCGUCCUACAUGCUCGCCAUGCCUAGCCAAAGGGGCCACCUGCGGGUACAAUGAUGCAACACUGCCAGUCUCUGCGGCCACAUUGGAAGAUAUCCAAACUCGUUUGCAAGAGCUCGAACGGCAUGCAAAUGCCACGCCGAUGCGGAUCUCGGGUGGCUCCGCGGUACCAAGUCCUCGAGCAAUUAGGGAACCCACACUUUUAUCUCCGAGAGAAGCCACCGAAAGUUCGCCUCCAUUUGUAGAUCAUUCCACGACCCAGUUCAUUCAUGCUAUCACUCAAAUGGCAAAUGAUACUCGGCCGGGGGGAUCCCGUUGGAAUCACACCGGAACUAGGCUUGUUGAGACUGACACAUCAUGCAUGGUAGUUCCUCAACGGUCUAUAGCCGACGGCUUACUUGCCUGCUAUGAGAAAAAUGUUUAUCCACUGUUCCCCAUUCUACACAUGCCAAGUUUCCGACAAAGAUAUCAAUACGUUUGGGAUCCUCAGCAGCGGAAUCAGCCUGAUGAUUUGGUGGAAGAAGCAACAUUCUAUGCAACAUUGAAUAUGGUGUUUGCUCUUGGAUGUCUCAACAGUUCAAAGUACGAGGCGCACCUCAAAUUGCCAACAGCCGAGUGUUUCUACAACCGCUCUCGUGCUCUCCUCCCACUUGAUGCUCUCGAUACUCCCAGUUUGGAGGUGGUACAGUGUCUUUUGUUGACUACCAACUAUCUAACUUUUACAAAAUACUCCAACCGAUGCUCUAACACGCUCGCAGUGGCAAUUAGAGUCGCACAGACAUAUGGAUUACAUAUAGAUGUCAACUCGUCCUCAAGCAGUCAGCUAAAACGCGAGAUGAGCAGGCGAGUCUGGCAUCUUUGUCUUACCAUGGAAAGGUUGGUUUCCAGUAUAUUCGGGCGGGAGCCCAUCAUAAACCCUGACAAAACCGUGCCUUUGCCCGCCAAAAUUGAUGACGAAUAUCUUCUCGAGGAUGGAACAGGAGUUCAGCCCGAGGGUAUCCCGUCCAUUCUUGACGCCUUCAUAGCGGCGGCCGACAUAUUUGAAGUGAUCCAAAGCGCGCGGAAAAUAAACCACGGCUCAUUCAAGCGUGAAACAAGUUUAUCGGAGCUCGGCGAGGUUCUUCAGCUAAAUGAGAAAAUUGAUCAAGUCGAAAAGAGCCUACCACCACACCUACGACAAGACAAAAAUGCAAGGCCGAAUACGGCACGCCAGCAAAUAUUGGAUCUUCAGACCGAAUCAGUAAUGACAAGAAUUCUCUAUCUCCGUCUUAUCCUCCUUCGACCGACUGUAUUGGUGGCCGCUCGACAUGCACUUGUAUCUGGCUCAGCAACCCCCCGCGUUGAGAUUGGCCUUCGGAAUGAGGUCUCGGCCAUUUGCGUUCAAGCCGCUGUUUCAGCGAUCAAUAUGCUAUUCGACAACCUAAACUCUUCUUCGCGCAUAUUAAGCUCACUUGCGGUGUUUCUAACGCUUUCCGCUGCAACAGUUAUUGUUGCAGCAUCGCUGGUGCCUGUCCUAGACGUGGACAUAGAACAAGGCAAUACUCCGUAUGGAAUGGCUUUAGCGAAUGCUCUUCAGGUGCUAGAGCAGCAUCGGUGGCAGCUCGAGGGUGUUCCGGGGGCAAUGGACCAGCUUGAGAAGUUCAUGGAGACUGCCAGACAAGCGAGAGCGAGAAGGGGAAAUAACAAUCCAUGCCGAAGCGAAGGCGAAACGAUGCCUCCGGGGAUUGAGGAUGUCCUUGACGAGUUUGAUUUUAACGACCCGAUCUGGAACCUGCAGUGGAUUGGCUCCAAUCCUUUUGUAGCAAUGCCCGAGCACAGAAUGUCGGUCGAAUCGCUAAAAGUCAACAACAGUAUGGAGGAAAUUGAUCAGGAGGACGACGUUUCGGGCGACGAAGAUCGCGCUCACGAGGGAGACGUCGCGACGCCAGCAGGCGCCAAAAAACGAUGGCGUCGCAAUCUCGUCGCUUGCGAUGCCUGUCACACUCGUCGCGUUCGAUGCGAUCGCGCUUUCCCAUGCGCUCGAUGUGUUGGAAGCCAAAUCCGAUGCGAGCUUACGCGAGAGCGGCGCAAACGCGGCCGCAUACCUAGGAAUGACUCUCUGCGCGCAAGUGGCUCUUUUGUACGACACUCUCCGUCCAAACCAAAAGCGAGUGAGCAAAAGGAGUCUGUAGCGUCGCACCAGCAGGAUUUCAUCAGCAUGGUCACAAAUCCUCCACUUUCCGAACAAUUGCCGCCCACAGUCAACGUUCCUCGCUCUGCUUCUGGAUCUCCCAGUCGGUUGUUAGCCCAGUCUUCGCCUAAUGGCGGCGAACGAGAAUCGCGGGCAGAUAAUAAUAUCCGGCGACUGUCAAGAGAAGUCCCCGGCGGAGCGAACGAGGUGGUUGAAGAUUGGAUGUCGGGCUUGAACGGGCUUUUGCAGGCGACGCAAUCGGAUCAGAUGUUUGGCAGCAUGGGGCUUGGCGAUGGGCUCCUCGACCUCCCCUUUGAGAUCUCUGGAAUGGGCGAUGCUAAUGGGUUUCCAUUGUCACGAUCUGCUUCACGGCAGCGCAUGAGCAACGCACAGAACUCACGAGUGUCCGAAGCGCCUCUCAAGUACCCGGUUUUGGCACCAUUGAUGCCGUUCAUUGAAUCAUACAUUUCACGAAAUAUGAUCUAUGAUUUGUUGAACUUGUAUUUUACAAGCGCCUUUUCGACUAUGAUGCACCCUUUAUGCCAUCAUAUUCAUUGUUAUGUUGUGCGAAAACAGUCCUUUCUCAGUCGCGAAAUCCCUCGACAUAGCAGCCCGGCAUUGCUUGCGAGUAUGCUUUGGGUAGGUGCACUUGAUGAUCGGUCUUUUGCACUGUCGAUCUCCCCUCCGAAGCGGAAGAAACUCUGCCAAUUCCUAUGUGCGUUGACCAUUCGUCUGCUACGACCCUUGAUCCAUGUUUCCUUCAAGGACGACGACGCCAUACCUAUAAUUGAAAACGACCACGGCUUUCCACAUGCCGGUUACGAUAAGACGCACUCCCUCGGUGAGGGCGGCGAUGAUAGAGGGUUAGUUGGGCCGGCGGGCUCGCUGGACGAUGUCAUUACAUACAUGCAUGUGGCAUCGAUUGUAUCUGCUAGUGAGCAAAAAGCUGCUAGUAUGCGUUGGUGGCAUGCUGCAUUCACGCUAGCUAGAGAACUUCGAUUAAAUCAAGAAGUCGAAGUAACUCCGAGUCUAAAGAACUCGGUAGAGAGUUCCUCUCGCCCUUUUGAAUUCGCAGAGGGCACCGGACUUGGCUCGGGGAACAAUGCAGACAUGUCUUCUCAGUCUGGUCCAAUAAAUUUGAAUUGUAUCUGCACAGUGCCGUAUCGACCAAACAUAAUGACCGAGGAACACCGCGAAGAGCGCCGGCGAACGUGGUGGCUUUUGUACAUAAUGGACCGCCAUUUGGCGCUAUGCUACAACCGACCUCUGGCGCUGCUCGAUUCCGAGUGCGAGGACCUUUUGCUACCGCUUGAAGAAGGCCAUUGGCAGGCAGGUGAAGUGCACAGCAAUAGCCCCAAGCCCGACGGGCCCCAGUGUCUGGCAUCCGGCGACAAACCCAAGAGACGCUGUUUUCCAAAUUUUGCAUGCAACGACCAUUCUGUGUUUGGGUUUUUCUUACCACUCAUGACCAUAACCGGAGAAUUGAUAUAUCUGAACCAAGCGCGGAACCAUCCGAUGCUGGGCAUGCGCCUUCAGGGUAAAGAAGUCUGGGAUUUGCAAGUAAACGAAAUUCUACGACAAUUGGACACGUAUAAAGCGACAUUGCAAGCGUUUUCCACACAGCAUCCGUCAGCAUCAUCAUCAACAACAACAACAACCGGCUCUGCGCAGCAGAGACCGGGACAGCCGACAGCGCUAUCGCCGUCCAUCCUCAACGAGGAAGUGCACAUUGACGAAAACAAUUUUGCGUCUUACCAUUCCUGGCACACACAGACCGUGAUUGCAUAUGCCUCGUACCUUGUGCAUGUACUGCACAUUCUCCUAAUGGGCAAAUGGGACCCGGUCUCGCUGCUCGAAGACAAGGACUUUUGGACCUCGUCUCCAACCUUUGCAUCCACCAUUUCGCACGUCCUCGAGGCCGCUAGUGCGCUAGAACAAAUCCUGCACUACGAUCCCGACAUAAGUUUUAUUCCGGAUCUCUUCGGCAUUCAGCUUUUGCAGGGCAGUUUGCUGUUGCUUCUUGUUGUUGAGCGUCUGCAAAAGGAAGCAGGUGAGGGCAUCCUCAAGGCCUGCGAGGUUGUCAUUCGCGCGACAGAGUCCUGUGUGGUUACGUUGAAUACAGAGUAUCAGCGCAAUUUCCGACAGGUUUUGAGAAGUGCGGUGGCGCAGGCCAGAGGCAGGCCGGUUAAUCAUAGUGAGAUUAGACAUCGUCGAAAGGCGGUUAUGGCGUUGUAUCGGUGGACGAGGAAUGGGACGGGGCUGGCUUUGUAG